AGUUGUUGAACAAACAGUGAAACAUGUUGAUGUUAAUGUGGGAAGGUAGUCCAAUAUUUUGGACCUUUUUGCCUUUCCUCUUCUUUGCUACGUCUUCCUUCGCGAAACACUACGGGGGGCCUGCUUAUGAUCCUUCGGCUUGGACAGAGUGUCAAGCGGAGCCAGAGGCGCCACUUUACAAUGGAGGAAUACUAACAAACAAAUUUCCAGUAUAUAAACCAGUCAAGGAUAUCAAUGGGGACAUGGUUUAUUCACCUACUUUAUCCUUGGAAAAUCUCUCUCCAGGAUCAAUUUAUUCCUUCUCCAGCUGGGUGAGAGUGAAAAAUUUAGAUUCUGCUCUAGUAACAACUACAUUGAAGCUAGACACUGCAUAUUCAAAAUGUAUAGGUAGUGUUAUAGCAAAGAAAGGAUGUUGGUCUUUUCUCAAAGGUGGUUUCCUUUGGGAUUCACCUUCCAAUUCUUCUCAAAUAGAUUUCCAGAGUUCGGAACAGACAAAAAGGUUCGUGGAUGUAGAGAUUAUUGCCUAUUCGUUACAACCAUUCACUGAGAGGCAAUGGAGAAGAAAUCAAUUUGAAGGGAUAAACACGGAAAGGAAGCGAGCUGUUAUGAUCCAUGUGGUAGAUAAAAAUGGAUUCAUUGUGACUGGGGCAGCAGUCAAAGUAAACCAAAUUUCAACGGAUUUUCCAUUUGGAACUGUGAUAUCAAGAACCAUUCUGGAAAAUUUACCUUAUCAGAAAUGGUUCCUCGAGCGAUUCAAAACAACAGUUUUUGAAAAUGAGCUCAAGUGGUUCAAGACAGAGCCACUACCUGGGCAACUGAACUAUACUGUAGUGGAUCAAAUGAUGGAAUUCGUCAGAAAAAAUAGUCUUAUAGCUAGAGGACAUAACAUGUUCUGGCCCGACCCCAUCUAUGUACAAGAUUGGCUCGAAAACAUGACAGCUCCUCAGCUGCAAAGAGCGAUGAAAUUCAGAAUUGACAGUGUAAUGAGUAGAUACAGAACUGAGUUUUUUCACUGGGAUGUGAGCAAUGAAGUCCUCAAGUUUGACUUUUUUGAGAAAAAACUCGGACCUAAAGCUACCUUGGAUAUGUUCAAGAAAAUACACCGUGAAGAUCCACUAACAACCCUAUUUCUCAAUGAAUUCAACAUUAUCGAACAAUGUGACCCGAAAGCCAACGUGGACAGUUACAUCAAUAAGUUAAAGGAACUCAAGAAGGGCGGGGUGACUCUGGCUGGUAUUGGGCUAGAGAGUCAUUUUUCUAUACCAAACCCUGGUUUCAUGAGAGCUGUUCUUGAUAAAUUGGCAACCCUAAAGCUUCCUAUCUGGCUCACAGAAGUGGACGUCAACAGAGUGCAUGGACUGGAAGAACAAGCUUUAUACUUGGAGCAAAUUUUGAGAGAGGCAUUCUCACAUCCAGGUGUGAACGGGAUCAUGCUUUGGUCAGCUCGUAGCGUAGGUGGUUGCUACCAAACGUGCCUUACGGACGAGAAAUUUCAAAACCUGCCAACCGGGGAUAUCAUUGACCAGCUGCUACUUAAAGAAUGGAAAACUGAGACCAAACGUGGCAAAACAAAUGAGUUUGGUUCCUACAAUUUUCGAGGUUUCUUAGGCGAUUACAAGGUUUCUGUCAUUUAUAAUCACACAGUCUUCAAUUCUUCCUUCUCACUAGGCCGUGGUGUCGAGACUAAGCACAUUACCGUUCAUGUUUAACCAAACCUAGUAAAAAUAUAAUGUAGCUCUGAAUAAACUGAACAAUAAGUGGUCAUUUACUCCGAUUUGUAUGCGUAAACAGAAUAGUUUUGACUCCUUGUAUUGUCAAAAUUUUAAUUUUUAUCCUAAAUUUUGAGAUUACCGUCUUUCAGGCGGCUUAACAAAUUUAGUCGUCUAAAGUUAAAUUUUAGCAAGAGGUUUAAAAUAUAUUCAAUAAAAUUAAUUUUUGUCCGUAUCAUACAUAUAUCUUGUGUAUGAAAAGUGUAGUUCGUGCGACGUAUGUGCAUCUCUUGCGAUGUACGCACAUCUUAAGUUCAUUUCUUGUACUAUACGUGCAUCUCGUUGUCAAUUAGUAAAAAUAUUUAGAUCACA